GGGAGUUCUUUAGAGAGAGAAGAAAUUCGAUUAUCUUUGUCCUUUUUACUACGGUAGUUCAAAGAGAUCUCAAGGUUAGAAAAUCGUCUUGCCUACUAUGAUAUAAUAGAGCUAUUGAUCUACGCGCUAAAAUGAUAUCUAACCUAUAGAAUCUGUUUGGAUUUUUGUGGGAAAUUUUACUUGGAUUGUUUUCUUGACAUGAUUGUUGAAAAUAUUGAUAUAAAAUAUAAAUAAAUAAGAAUGGAGCUAUCGUCAAAUAGGAAAAGAUCCCAAAACAACAUUCUAAAUUACACCACCAAGCGUCCUAAAGUGGUAGAAAAUGAAGAACAGCAGAUGAGAGCUGGUGUUGUUACCAGAAUGAUAUUAAAAAACUUCAUGUGCCAUUCUCUCCUUGAAAUCAAAUUUUCCAGUAAUACUUGUGUUGUUAUUGGACAAAAUGGAAGUGGAAAAAGUGCUAUUUUAACUGCCUUGAUUAUUGGAUUAGGUGGAAAAGCCGCAGUGACAAAUCGAGGGCCAAAUAUAAAAGGAUUUGUUAAAGCUGGUAAAAAUUCUGCAUCACUUGAAAUAACUUUACAUAAUGAAGGACCUAUGGCUUACAAACCUAAAUUGUAUGGACCAUCUAUCACUAUUGUUCGGAAUUUUACUGCUUCAGGAAGUAGCUCAUUCAAAGUAAAAAAUCAUACAGGUGAAGUUGUUGCUACACAAGCUAGAGAAAUUCAAAAUAUAAAAACAAGUUUAAAUAUUCAAGUAGAUAAUCCCAUUUGCAUUUUGAAUCAAGAUACAUCCAGAAAUUUCUUGAGCAGUAAUGAUCCCAAACACAAAUUCACUCUUUUCAUGAGAGCAACUAAAUUGGAAACUCUAGCAAGUGAGUUCAAAAAGAUUGAAGGUGAAUUGAAAAAUUCAAAAAAAUUACUAGAAGAAAAAUCAAAUAAUAUUCAGAAAAUGAAAGGCGAUAUGAGAAAUCUAAAAGUCAAAAUAGAGCAAUAUAAAUCUGUAAGAAAUUUACAGGAAGAAGAAGUUUCUCUACAAACUGAACUCUUCUGGUCUAAAGUCAAAGAUCUUGAAUGCGAUUUACAAAUUGAAUUAGAAAAUGUUGAAAAGAUUUCAAAAAAAUGUGAUAACAUCAAGGAGAACAAAACUAAAAAAGGUCAAGAAGAGGAAAAAUUGAAAAACUCUAUGAGAGAAUUAGAAAAUCAAGUUACUGAUUUGAAAAAUGCAAUAGAUAAACAACAAAAACCAUAUCAAGAAGCGAAAAAAACCUAUGAAAAACUGAGAUCUGUCUAUCAGGAAAAAUAUAGAGAGGAAGAAUCGGUAAAAAAUUCUAUCAAGUCCAAAAGUCAGGAUAUCCAAGUAUUAGAACAAGAAAUUAUGAAUGCUAACGAGAGCCAAGGCAAGGUGGAGGAGCAGAAAGCUGCAAAGGCAAAACGUAUAUCAGAUCUUGAACAAAAAAUAAAAGCUAAUGAGGAUAUUUUGCAAACUGCUCGUAAUGAUAUUUUUCAGUUGAAAUCAGAUAUUAAUCGAAAGGAAGAAGAUGAAAAAAAUAUUAAACAAGAAGUGAAGGAUCUAGAUCAAAGCUUAUCGAAGUAUUUAGAGAAACUUGAUUCCCUCCAAAAUGAGAGUGGUAACACACUUCUUUACUAUGGCCGACAUAUUCCCAAAGUGAAACAAUUGAUUGAGAAGUACAAAAACAAUUUUCAUGAGGUUCCUAGGGGCCCUGUUGGGAGUUAUAUUAAACUCAAGGACAAAAAAUGGGCAGUUGCUGCUGAAGGUUAUAUUGGAGCUGGACUUCUGAAUUCUUUUAUUUGUGAUAAUAAAAAGGACAAUCAACUGUUACUGAAGAUAUUCAGGGAAGCAGGUUUAGAUAGAUUUCCAACAGUGAUAACUACAAAAUUUUUCCACAAGGUUCAUGAUAUCUCUCAGAACCUAGUGCAGGCUCCUUCUGAUUGUGUGAGGUUAAUUGAUAUUUUGGAAUUAGAAGAUCCUAUUGUAACCAAUUGUAUCAUUGAUCAAGUUCAAGUUGAAAGAAUUCUUCUAUUCCCUAAUGAUGAACUUGCCAUGCAACUUCUUUCAAAUAGAGCAAAUGUUCCCAGGAAUUGCUCACAAGGUGUCACGAUUAAAGGUGACAAAUAUUUUCCUGAUCCAAACUACAAGACUUAUUGCUCUGAUUAUCAUCAAGCUCAAUAUUUACAAACCGAUACCAGUGAACUUAUAAGAAAUUUGAAGCAAAAAAUUCAAAGCUUGAAGAACCAAAGACAAGCCAUUUCUGAUCAGUACAAACAAAUUAAAAAUGAGAUGAAUCACAAAAUUGAAAAACAAAAUGAGUUGGAAAUGAAAAUAAGGAGACUCUUAGAUAAUAAAAGACUAGUUCGGGGGGAGCUUGAUUCUCUUCGAUCUGCACCAGAGCCUGAAGCUGCUAAUAUUGAAGUUUUGGAAAAUGAAUUGAAAGAAAUUAAACAAGUACUGAGUGAAAAAACGGCUAUCUUGGAACAAAUAAAACAUGAUCAACAAGAACUCAAAAAACCAAUUGAUGAAACAGAAAUUCGAAUAAGAAAGUUUAAAGAAAGUAUUAAAAGUUUGGAGGAGAGACUUCCACCUUUAAAGGAAAAAAUAAAAGAGAAAGAGUUUAGAAUUCGUGAAAUAUCAACACAUGGUGAGUUUGAUACUAGAAAAUUGGCACAAUUGGAAGAAAAAUUAAACGAGCACAGGGCAGUAGUUGUAACUAAACAGGCUAACAUUCAGAAUAAAGCAGAACAGGCUCAAGCAAUUGGUCCAAGGCCUCAUGAUAUAAGGAAAGUACAGGAUAUAGUGGACAAAUUGAGUAAUCUCGAAAGAUCAAUUAAAAAAAUACAACAAUCUACAGGAAGUGUAGAAUCAAUUAUGGAACAAUAUAAAAUUGUUCGGGAUAAAUGUUCUAAUGCUAUUACCAUUCUGAAUAAACUGGAAGAGAAUGUAGAGGAACUUGACACUGCUGCCAAAUUACGAAAAAAACACUACAAAGCUACAGAAACAUAUUUUAUUCAAUACAUAAAACAUGCAUUUAAAAAAUUCUUGGAAUAUAGAAAAUUCAAGGGAAACUUGGAUAUUGAUAUAGAGAGAAAGAAACUAGAUCUUGUUGUAAAUCCUCAACAGGGAACACAGGGAGUGACAACAACUACAAAUUUAUCAGGUGGAGAAAAAUCUUUUUCGACUGUCGCCUUCUUAUAUUCUUUAUGGCAAUGCAUGGAACUCCCUUUCUAUUUUUUGGAUGAAUUCGAUGUCUACAUGGAUAAACUCAAUAGAACCAAAGUUUUUGACAUCUUAUUACAUCAUGCAGCUAGAAAACCACAGUUGCAGUUUGUAUUUCUAACUCCACAGGAUAUUUCUUUCUUGGAUAAGCAAGUAACAAUUUUAAGGUUGGAUGCUCCAAAGAGACUGAACGAAUGUUGACCCUAGAAAAAUAAUUAUGAAAUAUUCAUAAUUAUUUCAUGUUUAUAUUAUUCUAUAAUUUGUUAUUCUAUAAAUUUCCAUUUUUAUGUGACCAAUGUUGUUAAAUCUUCUAUAUAUUUUUGUAUUAUUACAUAAAAAAUGAAAUAAAGAACAAAUGUUUGCUUUUAA